UCCAGUAAAAUGCCUUCGGCCGGUGAAUCCGGACUUGAGCCGAACGAAGAAAGGCCCCACAUUCUGUUUGUUGGUCCUGCGGCUAAUGCUUCAUGGCUACCGGAUCUAAAUAAUAACAUUUCUUACCACAUACCCAAAGAAACAUGGUGGCCAUGGUGCGACAGUUGGAGGCAACCACAACACAUACUAUUUCAGCUAGCUCACGUCUGCUUCCUGCUUGCUUUCUCCUCAACGUGCUCAAAGAAAGGUGUCCUAUUUAUGCAUGUCUGGCUCAUUUUAGGUCUCUUGUUUUUUGCAACAUGGGCUUGGAACAUAGUCUGCGCCCCCGACGUGUUCACUUGGAAUUUCGCCUUCAUGCUAUUAAACUUGGCCCAGGUCUUCCAUAUACUGUACCAGUUAAGACCGGUUAAGUUUGAUGCGGAAUUAGAGGAAGCUUACCAUACAUUAUUCGAACCAUUCAAGCUAACCAGACUGCAAUUUAAAAAAAUGGUCAGUGUGGACUUUGCGCAAAUUAUGUCUUUGCACGCAGGUGAAGCUUAUGCGGUACAAAACUUGACCAGGACUGAUCGAUUGGGGCUUCUGCUUUCCGGAAAGGUCAAUGUCCUUUCUGACAACCAAUUCUUACACCCAAUUUUGCCUUGUGAGUUUCUGGACUCCCCUGAAUUUGAAUCAAGUAGAAACACAAUAGAUGAUAAAUUUCAGGUGUCUAUUGUAGCAGCCAGUACAUGUAGAUAUCUGUACUGGCAAAGAUCUUCCCUGGAGUAUCUUUUUGUAAAAGACACUUACAUUGCGACAGUGUUAACGACAAUCAUAGCUAGAGAUAUUACAACGAAAUUAUAUGCUAUGAAUAACAAGAUAGUAACUGCCAAGGGGUCCCAUUUGGAUAUAAGACUUCCGAGCAUCACUUCAUCUUUAACUUCUGGGGGAGAAUACAAGUCACCCAUCAGGACAAAAAAGACAAAUGGAGGUGUUCAUGGUAUGUCUCCGGAUAAGUUUAAGAGCAAUGGUCGACCAAAAUAUGAUAAAUACAAAGAAAAUGGAAACGUAAACCAGACCUGUUACAUAAGCGAGAUGACACCACUGACAGAACUACCCUCCAAUGAUGAUUUAACGUCAAACGAUGUGGAAAGUUGGUUGGAAACGAGCUCAAAAUACCACAGUUGUGAAAUUCAAACACAACGACAUCCAAAGCAAUUUGUCUUUGUUCCAGGACUAAUAAUGGAAAUAUCUGUGAUUCAAGCACGAACGUAUUCAGCCGAGAACGUAGCCCCCAUACGAUUGAAUGCGACUAGGUCGCGGUUUGGCGUCAAAGAAGACGGCGAAAUGUUCACUAGUAGUAGACCCACCACGCGCAUCAUACCCAAAUCGAAUGUGUCUUAUUUAGGUGACAACAUAACAUCUUGGAACAACAGCGACCUAUUUUACAACAUAAGCAACAGCACGGAGUACGACUACGACUAUCAAAUGUACAAUGGCACAUCUGUCGAAGGUAGCACGUGGGCCCCAUGCCCAGAAUGGACGCCGACCCAGCAUACGCUUUUUCAAACGGCGCAUUUUUUCUUCGCCGCUGCCUUCCUGGUUCCUGGCAGUUUCAAACAAAGCAUCCUUAUCGUCAGAGCACUUUCAACAAUUGGAAGUUUCUUCCUGACCAUCUGGGGCGGUGUGGAAAUGUGCGCCUUGGACAUUUUCCUUUGGAACGGACUAAAUUUUCUGCUAAACUGCGUUUACACCUGUUUGUUAACGUGGAAAUUUCUACCUCCCACUCUUACGAUAGAGUUACUCGACUUGUAUAUGAAAGUUUUCAAACCCCUUCGCGUUAGUAAAAAGCACUUUAAGGAAUUAGUAACAGAAGCUAAAAUGAUGAACUUAGAGGAGGGCGACAUUUACGCUGUAGAGGACGUGAGUCCAGCCGACGAAAAAUUAUCAAUUUUGCUCAAGGGACGACUGAGAGUGACUUGUGAUGACACACAUUUGCAUUUCAUCAACGUCCACCAGUUCGUUGAUUCACCAGAAUGGGAGGCAAAUCACGAACAAUCAGAUGACGUUUUUCAAGUGACGAUCACAGCGGAAGAAGACAGCGUUUAUUUGUGUUGGCCAAGAAUGAAACUUGAAAGAGUUCUCAGGCACAGACCGAUGCUCAAAACCGUAUUAGAUGCGUUAAUUGGCAAAGACAUAACGCAAAAACUCUACGCAUUAAACGAGCAUCUAUCUGGUCUAAGCGACGAAAGACAACGAGGCAAAAGAAACGAAAUGUGGGCGAGGGCCCACAACAGAAGCAUGUCUAUGGACGCUGUCAAUACUGGGGCAACGGGACUCGUUAGAUCCAACGCCUUCAGAACCAGAAACAACUCCUUAAACAAUGCUGAAAUGGGUUCUUUAGGAAAGCUGCAAACGCAAUGCUGGGUCCCACUAGUGGCGAAUCAGUUCCCGGCAAUGUCGCCUUUCACUAAACCGAGCUCAUCAACCAGCCUUAGAAUACAGGAUCCGCAACAAACUCCCACGAGAACUCGAUCAUUGAGACGGGAGGUAAAGUUUGAGGGGACAGAAAAAUGAUAUGUAAUUUUGUAUAUAUUAGUACAUUUGUUACCAUGUAUUGUAAUAUGUCGACGCACUGUAUUCUCGUGAUAUUAUUGAGAAAAAUAUUAUUUUAGUAGUGGGCACAAUUAAUAUAAAUUUAUAUUUAUUUAUAUAACAAACAUUUACGCUGUAAAACU